AUGGGCCAACCCUGUGAGCUGUGGUUCGACUACAACAACAUUGCCCUGAAGUGGCACUUCCCGGUGGGGGUGCUGUGCGACUCGCUGGUGGGCCUGGAGGUGCCGGUGCCCUGGGAUCUCACGGUGCACUUCUGCGGCAACUCCUCCAUGAAGGACUUGCUGCCAUUUAGUGGCAUGGCCGACCUGCAGCGCGCGGUCAUGAACGCCUUCAAGCAGGCACUCUUCCUGGAGGUGGGCUCCACCAGUCGCUUCAUGCGCUUGGAGAAGAAGGAGCACAUGACUCUCUGGGACGCCAUCCUCCACAGCGACCUCAAAACCUUCAUCUCGGUGGAGGAGAAGUUGAUGUGCAACACCUUGGCCGAGUGCAAGAGCCUGGCAGUUCGUCUACACCUUUGGCUUCCACCAGACGAGGCCGACGCUCAAAACCCGACUGCAACCGUCAUUGUCAUCAUCUCAGCACUCUUUUCAUUAUUGUUCUGA